CUCUCAACCUCAGUCUCUGUCUCUCCGUCUUUGUCCUCUACCACCGACAUUCCUGACGCUUCUCUCUCCCCUCGAAUAGUGUGCAAGUGUUUUCGCCUUUCCUUAUAAUCCCAGGACCUGGAAUUCAAGCGUCACGAUGAACUACGUUCAGUUAGAGAAGCUCGGUGAGGGGACAUACGCUACGGUUUACAAGGGCCGCUCUAGGACAACAAACGAGAUUGUGGCUUUGAAGGAAAUUCACCUCGAUGCGGAAGAAGGCACGCCAUCGACUGCCAUCCGCGAGAUCUCUCUCAUGAAGGAGCUCAAGCACGUCAACAUCGUCCGCCUCUACGAUGUCAUACACACCGAGACCAAGCUCGUUCUCAUCUUCGAGUAUUGCGAGCGCGACCUCAAGAAAUACAUGGAUGCCCAUGGCGAUCGUGGUGCACUCGACCCCAAUACUGUCCGGAGCUUCAUGUACCAGCUCCUGAAGGGUACCGCUUUCUGCCACGAGAACCGUGUGCUUCACCGCGACUUGAAGCCUCAAAAUUUGCUCAUCAAUCGCAAAGGAGAGCUGAAGCUAGGUGAUUUUGGUCUUGCGCGGGCGUUCGGUGUUCCCGUCAAUACAUUCUCAAACGAGGUUGUAACAUUAUGGUAUCGAGCUCCAGACGUCCUCUUGGGUUCUCGCACGUAUAGUACCUCCAUCGAUGUCUGGUCAUGCGGGUGCAUCUUCGCUGAGAUGAUCAGCGGUGUACCCCUGUUCCGUGGACGGGAUAACCAAGAUCAGCUCUUGCACAUCAUGCGUAUAAUUGGAACUCCCGACGACCGAGUAAUUCGCAAGAUCAUUCAAGAGGCUAAAGCCGACAAUCAACAGCAGCCUAAGCAAUAUCCGCGUUACCCUAAAAUCCCUUUCUCGCAGGUCCUUCCGAAAGCGUCGCCCCAAGCUAUCGACCUUCUUGAACGCCUCCUCCAGUUUGAUCCUGCGAAGCGCAUUUCCGCCGCCGAAGCGCUCCAGCACCCGUAUUUCACCUCCGGUCAGCUCCCCUACCCCAUGCCGCCCGCGGGCACUAUGGCGCCGCCGUCUUUCAAUUUCGCGCACGCCCCGCAACAUCCUCAGCAGCCGCAAGCGCAGCAUGAUCCGCAAGCACAGGCGCAGGCACACGCAGCGUAUAUGGCGCAACAGGGUAUGCCCCCGCAAAUGUAUCCUGCGCAGGCCCAACAGACACAAGGCAUGGCCAUACCGCAGCAGCACCAGUUCAUGUCUCAGUACCCUCAGCAGUACGCCGGUGGGCGGUAAUCGGCGACGACGGACUGGAUGGUGACCGAGCUAGUAUUGGAGCGGACUGAGUCGCGAUUUGAAUUUCUCUCCUUCCUCUCGGAGCAUUUAUACUCUUUUCCUAGAUCGCUUUCGCACUGUAACUCCCCUUGUAAUCUGUAUCCUUGUGGUCUCCUCAUUCUCCAUGAAUC